UUUCAGUAAGAAUGAACUGCUUGAUUGAGUGAUGGAGCUUGAAUGUUGGGGAGAGGAUUGGGGUAUAACCUCCGUGGACCCGGAAUGUUUAAAAAUUCUCGCCUUUGCCAAAUUUUCUGGAGCUCCACUAGUACAAAAAUCAACAAACAAUCCGUUCUGGAGUCCCAAGGGGAAUCUACCAGUUUUCCGACACAAUGGCAUAGUUUUGACAGAUUUCCUCGCUGUAGCCAAGCAUCUAAAAUCCUGUAACUACAGCGCAGACUACAAUCUCACCAAUAAACAGAUCUCAGAAGCUGGUGCAUUUAUUAACUUGAUGGAGGAAAGCUUGAAGCCAGCGCUACAGUAUAUCACGUGGGUCGACACUAAAAACCAUAUAAAUCUCACCAGAGUUUGGUUUGGUAAGCACCUACCCUUCCCCUAUGGUCUAUUUUACCCAAACAGAUAUGAAAAGGCUGCUGUUAGAUUAAUAGAGAGUCUCUACCCGCAGUUUAGUGAAUUUGGUGAAAUAGGAAAUGAUACCGAGGUUGAGACUGCUGUUUAUAAAGCUGCCCAGGAAUGUUUAACUCUUCUCUCUAACCGACUAGCUGAUUCACAUUAUCUGUUUGGAAUGUCAGCUAGCAGUGUAGACGCUGUGAUGUAUGGUUAUCUAGCUCCUCUACUCAAGGCUCCGUAUCCCAACAAUACCUUGCAGAAUUAUUUAAAGAACUGUAGUAAUCUUGUCAGAUUUGUAGUUAGAAUAUCACAGAACUAUUUUCCAAAGGUUGUGAAAAGCUUUGAUGAGAGGGGACACCAGGAACAGAAAUCAGAACAAGGGAGCACUGAGGGUAGGCAGGAAGCAGAGGAGAGAGAAGCGGAGUGGCCAAACCAAACCAGGAACAAGGUAGAAAUUAAACAAAACAAAAACCAAGAACAAGGUAGGAAAUGAAAUUACAAAACAAAC